UCCCAACUAGAUAACUCCAUCCUGAGCUUUUUGGGCCAACAACUCACGCAAAAUUAGCUUGUGCAUUCAGAGGCUUUACUUCAUCCUCUGUUGAAAGCUAGAGUGAAAUAGUUACCAUCGACUUUAGGUAAUAUGUUAGGACAGUUUAGACCAUCCAUAUCUGGGAGCGGUGGAAGCUUCUCAUCCUUGAGCUCUAUGUCAUACCGAGGAAGAAAUGUGGGAACAGGGUCUUUUGGUGGGAUUUCUAAAUCUGUCUUUAGUUCCGGUGGCCUCAGUGCAUCAGGAUAUGGUGGAUCAAGCUUUAGUGCAUCAGGAUAUGGUGGAUCAAGCUUUAGUGCAUCAGGAGUUGGUAGAUCAAGCUUUAGUGGAGCAGGAUUUAGUGGAUCAAACUUUAGUGGAAGCUCUUCCUUAAGCAGUAAGUCAGGAGGCAUCAUUAGUGAUGAGAAAGAGACCAUGAUUAACCUGAACAACAGGCUGUCCAGUUAUCUGGAGCAGGUGAAGACCCUGGAGAAAUCAAACACAGAGCUGGAAUUGCAGCUUAAAGAAUUCCAAGUGGGCUCAGCUUUGAAAACGAUUAACUAUUCUGCCUAUGAUGAAAUAAUCAAGCCCCUGAGAGAACAGAUUUUGCAGAUUCACCUCGGAAAUGCACGGCUGGCUCUGGACCUUGACAAUGCAACUCUGGCAGCAAGAGACUUCCAAACUAAAUAUGAAAAUGAGUUAAACACCAGACUGUCUGUGGAAGCUGAUAUUGCUGAUCUCAAAGCAAUAAAGGAUGAAUAUAUUUGCAAUUGCAAAGACUUGGAAAGUGACCUAACUAGCGCCCAGGAUGAGCUGGUGUAUUUGAAGAAGGAUCAUGAGGAGCAAUUGGUUGAGUUGAAAAAACAUAUUACUGGGACUGUUAGUGUGAAUGUGGAAGCUGCUUCUUCUCCUGACGUGACCAAGGCACUGGAAGAAUUGCGACUAAAUUAUGAAGCCAUGUGCAAGAAGAACAAAGAGAAUCUAGACAACUGGCUUGCUGCUGAGAUCGAAACACAAACGAUUCAAAAGGUUCAAGUGAGUGAGGCAGCAGAAAGCACAAAAGUGCAGCUGAAGGAACUACGUCAACAAUGUCAGACUCUUCAGGCUGAGUAUGACUCUCUGUUAAGUGCGAACCUCUCUUUAGAAAAUAGCAUUGCAGAAAUUAAUGAGUCAUAUGCCAAUCAACUUAAUGGUAUAAAGAUGACCAUUUCUAAACUUCAAAUGGAGUUAACCGAUAUGAGGAAUGAUAUUAUUAAUAAAGCGAAAACAUAUGAAGAGCUGAUCAACAAAAAGAUGCAACUUGAGAAGGAAAUUGAAGCCUACAGAACUCUCCUGCAAGGCAGCAGUAACAGCAUUAGUAUUACAGGUGGAGAAGAGACAUCUGGAGUAACCACAACCAUAACUAAGACUGAAACAAUAAAACGUACAUAUUAGCAACUUUCCAAAAGAUGUAUUGCAACGUUGGUAUGAGCUUGGUGAAACAUUCUGCUUCCAUUUGGACAAAAGGCUUUGUUAUUCCUCUAUGUUGCAGCUUUUUCAUUUCUUAUGUACUCACUGACUUCUUCUGAUGUGUAAUGGCAUGUAUUUCUCGUUUUACUUUGGUUGGUAGCUUAUAUUCAUUGUUAUAGCUCUAACUCAGCAAUGGACAAUUGCUUGUGAUGGCAGUGGUGGGGGAUGUCGAGGCAAUAAAAUCAGUAAAACAUUUAACAGCAUUCGCUGUUAUGUGCAUAUAUUUAUUUAUCAAAAAUUACCAUCUAUGUGGUGUCUUUAAAGAUGUAAAAUGUCCCUUGGAGAUGUAUCAAACUAAAUUGACAACAAGCCAGGAAGAUGCCAAAACAUUUUAUAUUAAAAGAACUUCCUUAAAGGAGAGGAGAGAGUUCAAGAGAUUAGGGCUUUACUAAAUGAAAGUAUAGCCAACAACGAUAGAGAACUAUAAGCAAAUAUGAGGAGUAUGGAGGUUCAGAGAGUUCAAGACAACAGAGAUGGAGUGGAAGAGAAUACGUACAUAGAACAUAGAACAGUUGAGUACAGGCCCCUUGGCCCAUGACGUUGUGCUGAACCAAUUAAAUGCUUAACUAAACUAAUCCCUUCCACCUACAAAAUGUCCAUAUCCAUUCAUUUUUUACACGUUCAUAGAACAUAGAAUAUGGAACACUAAAGCUAACCCUAUUCCUGAUGCGUAUAGUCCCUUUGGCCCACAAUGUUGUACCAACCUGUUGACCUACUCCAAGAUCAAUCAACCCCUCCAUCCUACAUAGUCCUCAAUCUAAGAGUUUUUUAGAUGUCUCUAAUGUCUCUAAUCUCAGAGGUUAAGAUGCGUAGGUGUGCAGAUGCUUAGAUUCAGA